AAAAAACCUGAAAUUUUUCAUUGACUACACCAAUAUAACCUAGUUAUGGCCGAUUCACUCGCUUCCAAGUUCGCUAAGCUGAACCCUCUAUCGAAACUUUCCCCUUGGGAAUAUGACGAAGAUGUUGGCCAAGAAAUUGACAAUACCACUAUCGCGGGGGGCGGCCAUAGCACACGGCAAACCGAUAUUACGAAGACCAAGUUGAGAGUCAGCCACGCAUUGAAGACAUUCCUCAUCAAAGAAAACAUACUACGGGAGGAAGAAGUUGGCUUAGAAUCGGAACAGCCUGGUGAUGGCUUAAGGGCUUUACUUAACAAGUCGCACAUUAACGUUCCUUUCGAAGUGACGGACAGGUCUUAUCCGCUCCCAGAAUAUUUUAUCAGCUCCAGCCACAAUACCUAUCUUCUAGGCCAUCAACUUACCGGUAAAUCCUCUGCCACAGCGUACGAGACAGCGCUUAACACCGGAUCCCGCUGCGUCGAGAUCGACGCCUGGGAUAACGAGGAUAACAAAGAAGAACCUAAGGUCACUCAUGGAUACACCCUAGUUUCUCACAUCCCAUUUCGUGCCGUAUGUGAGACCAUACGUGAUGUUAUUGAUAGAGAAGCCACGCAAUCUACCAACGCACAAGGAUACCGAGCCGCGCCAAUCAUGCUUUCGCUAGAGAACCAUUGCAAUGCACAAGGACAGCUAAGGCUCGUUGAGAUCAUGAAAGAAGUCUUCGGUGACCGUUUACUAAGCAAAGCCGUACGAGAAAAAGGUCAUCGCGAGCAAGAGGGUGACAGCGACCCGGUAACAUUAGCAGAACUCGGGUCCAAAAUAGUCUUAAUCGUCGAAUACCAUUUACCUGACGAGGAAGACAUAAGUGAUGAAGAGAAUGACACCAGCCCCGAAGAUGAGGAAGAGAAACAGGCACGAGCGGCAUAUCUAGCUAAAAAGAAAGCUACGGUUUCUGGUGCUAUCAUUCCGGAGCUUGCAGAGUUGGGUGUUUACGCCCAGUCCGUGAAGCCAAAAGACAACUCUUGGUUUGAGAGCGUCCUCAAGGACGGCCCUCACGACCACCUAAUCAACGUAUCAGAGACAGGACUCGCGUCAAAAAUGCCUGGAUCGAAUGAGAAGAUUGCUGAGCAUAAUUCUCGGCACCUAAUGCGCGUGUUCCCAAAAGGCACGCGUAUUACAUCCAAAAAUUUGAAGCAGGUCCCAUUCUGGGGAAUCGGAGCGCACAUUUGCGCCAUGAACUGGCAAACCUUCAAUGCUAGCAUGCAAAUCAACGAGGCACUUUUCAGUGGUACCGAUGGUUACGUCUUAAAGCCGGCAGCCCUAAGGGCGGGUGGCAGUAUGAAUAUCAACACGGGAAGGAGAAAGAGGUUACUGCUCCAUGUCGCGGGUGCGACGGAUCUUCCUGUCCCGGAGGGCGUGGAUAAAGAUGAUGUUAAACCAUACGUCACCUGCACAAUUGUCCAUACUGAUGAGUUGGGAGGAGCCCAUCCUAAACGCAAGACUAGCCCCUACAAGCAACAUAGGCUCGGCUUCCUGCAUAGGGGUGAAAACCCACCCGCGACUGAUCCAAUCUGGAAUGAGGUGCUGGAAUGGGAGUACGACGACAAUGAGUUGGUAUUCCUCCGUAUUCUUAUCAAGAGUGAUAUCAGCUUCGCGGAGAAUCCUGUCUUCGCCGUUGCUGCAGUGAGGCUCUUGUACGCCGUCCCAGGCUGGAGUUUCAUCCGCAUGUUGGACCUAAAGGGGAGGGAGACACAGUGCUCCUUAUUGGUUAAAUUCAGUGUGCAUGAUAUUUGAUAAGAUCAAGAAGAGGAACCCCAAACAUGUUGUGCUAGUAUCGGAUUACCCUUGUAUGUAUAUACCAAACAACCUUUAUGACAGUCAGCAAUCAGUUUGAUUAUGACUCCAAACAGAAAGUUCGCAAUCAGUAACACUCUCAUCUACAACCCACAUGGCUGCCCCUUAUUUUAGAACAGCAGUUCCAUAGACGCUUUCGAUAACGGUCAAGAAACUAUUCUUCAAUCCGUUAGCUGUUCACGCUUUCAAUACGAGGGAUUGUAAGUAGA